AUGAAGCAAAUUGUGACUCUUCUGCUACUAAGCUUACUAUCCCAAACCUCUCUCUCAUCUUCUCUUCCAAAUCUUGAGCUUAUAAAGAAUGGAGUAGAUCCCAACAGGGAAGUGAUCAACUUUGAUUUCGCAUGGAGGUUCCAGCUAGGAGGUGACAAUACUGGUACAACCUCUUGCCCUGAGACUGACUUUCCCAAAAACCUCAGUGGAGUCGAGUGUAGAGGUCUUCGUUCUGCAAGCACAGCUGCAAGUGCUGAUGAAUGUCGUGGAGAAUGCUGCAGCAACAUAAUGUGUGCAAUAUGGCAGUAUGCUGAUACUAAGGGCUGCUGGAUAGGAGAGAGUACCGAUUGCAAUCACACUAGUAGUAUAUGGGUUGGCGGUGGAAGGGAGACUCCGGCAAAACCUCCUCCACCUGCUACUAACGGUAGGACAUCUCGGGAUUUUGAUGAUAGCAAUUGGGAGGUUGUUGAUUUACCUCAUGAUGCAAUCAUUUCUGGUCAAUAUAGUGAAGACAAUGCUCCAAAAAAGCAAGCCUAUCUACCUAAAAACUCAACUUGGUAUCGCAAGCAUUUUAAUCUUCCGGCAGAAUGGAAAGGAAGAAACAUUUGGGUGUAUUUUGAAGGAAUAUUCAGAGCUUCAAAUACCUACUUGAAUGGACAGCAACUCCAUUAUGAAGACUCAGGCUACACUAGCUUCUAUGUUAAACUUGACAAUGCUUCAAACGUUUUCUACGGUGAUGGAAAGGAGAAUGAGAAUGUCCUUGUGGUAUAUGGUACACCAAACAAUGGCUACUCGGGCUGGUGGUAUGAAGGAGGUGGAAUAUACCGUCACACUUAUCUUGUAUCAGCUGACAUCAUUCAUCUUGUACCUGAUGGAACUUACAUUUCAAUGGCAGUCAAUGGAGAUAUACAUGCACAUGAUCCUAAUGAUAUAAGUAAAGGUGGUUAUGUUGACUCUGUGACAUUUGACGUCAAAAUGGAGGUCAUUAACGAGGACACCCAAGAACAAAAGAGGUACUUUCAACUUACAAUCUUUGAUGCUGAUGGGAAGCAGGUCAAUGUUUCAGGUUCUCCACCUAAUACUUUCAAUGCAGGAGAAUUCAUGAUAUUAGAAGGUACCAUGGCACUACAAAAAGCUGAAAUAUGGAGUCCAGCAAGGCCUUACGUUUAUACAAUGAAGUGUGAUCUAUGGGCUGGGGUUGCUACUGAUACCAUUAAUGUAACUUUUGGAAUAAGGACAACAAAAUGGGAUGCAGACAAAGGCUUCUUUUUGAAUGGGGUCCAUUUCACUUGGAGAGGUUUCAACAAUCACAAUGAUUUCACAGGAGUCGGGGUAGCCGUUCCUGACAGGAUAAACCUGUUCAGGGCCCAGUCCAUGAGGGCAGUGGGUGCUAACUCAUGGCGAAUGUCACACAAUCCUCCGAUACCAGUCAUGCUUGAUAUAAUGGAUAAUGUGGGGAUUAUAGUAUGGGACGAGAACAGGGAAUUUGGUAAUAACUCAAUAUGGGUAGCAAACCAAAGGAACAUGGUUAGGAGGGACAGGAAUCAUCCAAGCGUAAUGGCCUGGUCUUUUUGUAACGAGGCAGGCUGCAACCGUGGUGAUGCUGAAGGAGAUAUAGCAGCAGCAUUUACAGCUGUAUCAAAAGAAGCAGAUCCAUCUCGACCAGUAACUGCUAACAUGAACAGUCAUAUUGGAGAUGGUUUGACAUCACAUAUUGAUGUACAGGGAUUCUCCCAUCGGUCUGGUAGCGUCUUUGACGACUUUCACAAGCAGUUUCCUUCGAUGCCUACCAUUGGGUCUGAGUGCUGCUCUUGCAGGACUCAAAGAGGUGAAGACUUCCCUGAUAACUCUAAGUACAUACUUGGAAACUUUAAUGCAAACUGCAACAAAGAUGAAACUGAAAAUCAGUUGAAUAGAACAUUUGUUGCUGGCUGCAUGGUGUGGACUUUAUUUGAUUAUUACGGCGAGCCAUCAUUCGGUGGUUGGCCUCAUGUUUCGUCAGCUUUUGGUUCAAUCGACUUGGCUGGAUUUGCCAAAGCCUCUGCGUAUUGGUACCGCUCUUGGUGGCUGUACAAUGGAGUGCACAAUCACAGCACAGGAGGCAUUGAUGUACCUCUUAAUCCACCCAGCCUGGUUAAUCCUGGAGCAGAGCCUUCUGAAGACAAUCCUCAAGAUGGCUACCUUGUACAUAUUGUUGAGCACUGGGAAGAGAAUAAAGCUGCAACAACUCGCACUAUUCAUGUCUACACUAAUGCGCCUUCAGCUGAGCUCUUUGUCAAUGGAAAAUCGCAAGGAGUUAAGGAACUAGUCUGGCAAGGAUGGGCAGAAUGGGACAGUGUGAGUUUUGCAGCAGGUAAUCUCACAGCAACAGCUAUUGAUGAUAAGAAGACUGUAGUAGCAACUCAUACAGUGCUGACAACAGGAGAAGCUAAGACAAUUAAAGCAUUCAUUGAUGUCCCUAGUAAAGAAACAGGAACAGGAUCAGCCCUGCUACUAAAUGGACAAGAUGCUGGGAUGGUGGGUGCUGCACUGAUGGAUGCCAAUGGAAAAAUAGCUCACAGUUCAUCUCUUAAUGUAUCAUUUAGCAUAGUGAGUGGACCAGGGAGGAUAAUAGGAGUAGGUAAUGGAGACCCUACAUGCCAUGAACCAAACCAGGCCCCAUGGAGGAGUGCUUAUCACGGCCUUGCUAGAGCUAUCAUACAAGUAACUCAAGAUCAUACAACACCAAACAGAGAGAGAAUCAUACAGAUAGACAGUGAUGGAGGGCAAAAGACUCUUAUUGGAGAUCCCAAGAUACCAAGAGAGCCAUUAGAUGGUAUAGUAGUACAGGUAUCAGCUCAAGGGGUUGGUACAGAUACUGUAACAAUACCAGUUAGUACUGAUACUAAUGAUGGAGUGAUACCUACUGCUAGGAAAUCACGUCAAUAA